AGGAGGAGGAGGAGAGCGACUGCUACUGUGUGCCUGUCUACACAGCCCCCCUCCCUCUCUCUCUCUGUCAGCAUUCCCCUCCUCUCUUUCUACCUCUCCAUCUCCCUUGCGCUCUCUCUGUCUGUUUCGUGUGGUAGCAGUAUGGAGCCUAACAGUCCCAAGAAGAUCCAGUUUUCUGUGCCUCCCUUUCAGAGCCAGUUGGACCCUCAGGCAGCUGAGCAUAUUCGUAGGAGAAGACCCACCCCUGCGACGCUGGUCAUCUACCACGAGCCAUCUGGGGCAGAAGCAGAUGAGAACCGGACAACAAGCAGCAGUAUGGAAGAUCUCCAGGGUGCAGAUUUGUCCCCAGCACAGAGGAAGCAGAGCACCUUCAUCCCGCCCACCAUGAAAGGGAAAAUACCCAAGACACAGAAGACAUCUUCCCUACUUGAAGAGGAGGAAGUCUCAAAUACCCAGGACUGAGAGCACUGCCUCUGCUCCCCAUUCACAGCCCAGAGGGAGGAAGGGAGGGAUGAGUGCUGCAGGACGCAGCCUUGUCGGAGCCAAAAACUCAACCUUCUAUUUUCGUACCUGGAUAAGAUAUGAUCUGUCUUCAUGUUCAUGUCUUUCCUGAGUUUGCUUUCAUGUACAUACAUUAUUUUCAUUCUCUCAGACAGGCUACAGUGUAAAAGUCUUAUUCAACUCAGCAGUAAGGGAGGCAAUAAUAGCCGACAAUGCACAAUUGUAUUCAACCUGAUAGAGGACAAUUUCAACUAUAAGCAAUUUAAACUAUAAGCAAUAAUUGUAUCAUAGAUACAAUGCAAUUUACUUAAUUUAUUAAUAAACACUAAGAAAGGAGGGUUCCUCAAGGGUUCUUUGGGAAGGGUGAUGGUUCCAUGUGGAACCAUAAUGACUCAAAUAACCCUUUGAGCCCUUCAAUGGUUCUAAGCAGUUCAGAAAAGGUUUAUUUUCUAUUUUAGUGAUAAUUAAAAUGUAGUGGGGUUGGCUCAUUCAAAUAUUUUUGGCUGUGGUUUGCUCACAGCUCGUUUUGUGCAACCGUGAGGUCCAAGUUUAUCUACUGUUUUCUGUUAUGCCGUUACAUGUUAAAUAUGACUGUGGCCAGUAAUGGUGUCUUGUAAAAAAUGCACAUAUGGCCUUGUGUCAAUUGAGAACUGAUGUCUAAAUCAGUGGUACUCAAUUCUCUCCUCAGGGAUCCCAGCUGUUCCAGAGCUAGCACAUCUGAUUCAACUUGUCAAUUAACAUAAGAAUAUCUAUGGAUUUGUUAUAAUAUAAUAUAGCUAACCAGAAAAAAAGAACCCUGUAUUGUUCUUCAAAAGUCCUUUGUAGAAUAUUUGAGAUUGAGAAAGGUAUUAAAAAAGGGUCCUAUAUAGAACCUUUUUUUUAAUAGUUAUUUUUAAAACCUUAGAAAAGACUUCCUUAUAGAAAAUAAAGGUUAAAUAAAAUAAAGGCUAAAUAAAAUUAAAUAUAGAGGUUAAAUUUAGAACUGUAUGAGCAUAGUUCUUUAUAGAACCUUCAAAAAAGGGUUCUAUACACUGAGUGUAUAAAACAUUA